GGUUAAAUUGCCGCGGUCGAUCCAGGACAUCCUAGUAGUCCCUGUAUGCGGCCUUAAAGUUGAGCCGUAGCAAAUAACCCAUCACUUAACCCAAUGCACAUCCACAUUUUUCUGAUUGGACAAUUUUGACAGUACUAACCUGCAGAACAUAUGACAAUUGCAUAAAGUUUCCAGGCUUGAAGUAGGUAAACCCGAGGUAUCUUUCGGGAAUUAUUUUACACUGUGGAUUGAAUGAUUAAUUGAUAUUUCCCUCGUACCCGUCAACUUGACGGGUGCACAUUUAGCAAUUGGUCGACAUAGAAAUGGAAUAUUCCGUUGCACCAUUUGGAUACGUUUUCGACAAACAUUAUGUUAAACCCGGAGAUAACGAAGAGGAGCGCGUACAGCGCACAAGACAUUCCAAUGCCGGUAGAGUUGAUACGAAAACCCCCAGAUAUAUCUAUUGGAACCCCUCAAGUCCAUCGGCCUCGUGUAUAGGAGAUAUCAAAGAAGGAAUCACAUCCAGUGAAGCAGACCUCGUUUCAAAAAUUAAUCAACACCCUCGAGGCGUUGAUGAUAGAUUUUCCAACACACACUAUAAAUCUCCACCGCAUCAUCCGAAAGAAUCCGAUCUAAUGAACAACUUUUUCUGGUGUUGGGGCUGGGUCUUAACAGAUCCAAUCAGUUCAGCUUCAUUACGUGACAACAGAAUUGAGGGUAGAGUUUACAAGGGGCUACCGGAGGAAACUCAACAGAAUCUUGACUUCAUGCCUUUUUUAAGUUGCGGAGGUCCACGGAACACACAAAUAAAGAAGACUCCUAGGAAAUCUUAGUAUCGAAUUCGCAAUCAGGUCGCACACUAGGUAUGGAAAUUAUCAGUUUACUUAUUAUCGGUCUGCGAAUGUUGGUCUGUAAGGUAUAACACGAAUAUCAACGCUUAACAAGGAUUGUAAAGCUAUAUAGAGUAUGAUCUUGCUUUUGGAAUCUAAACUAUGC